CCAACAAAUUUCAUGCUGGUGCCCACCAUCUGUUUCACAUAAUCUUGCUUCGGCGAGACGGGAUCGUCAUCGAAUAUACCCACCCGACAACAAGCGACGCAAUCCAGUAUACCUCGAAAGUUGAACAACAUUACCCCCAGAGAACGGUCGUCCGCCCGGCGAGAUAUGCAUACAAACAUGGCGCCUGACGACAUAGAUACAGCGACUGCAAUGAUUGACGGAGACAGCAGUACCGAGUUUUCCUGGACAGGGAGCGAUGAUUUCGGUCCUGACAAAAACGUAGCCGGAGCCAAGUCCAUAUCGGCAGACACAGGCACAGGCACAAGCACAGGCACAGGCACAGGCACAGAAAAGACCUCCGAUGGGACGUUCCCAAAUACCGCUCCUGGACUACAGCCGACGGAGCACAAGACAGACGGAUCCCAACUCACCACACAAUCAAUCCCAACUGGUCAAUCACAGCCGACAACAUCAGACCCAAAUACGACAUCCACCUCGAAAGAUGGAGCCAAUACCAACGACAAUAACCCUCGCCCAACGACUCGCACUUCACCGGGAGACCAGGAACCACACAACCCUCACCCAAAACCCGGCACUACUACGACCCAGUCGUUCCCAACCACGACAGAAGACCCGAUACCAACAAAACAUACUCUGUCUAAACCUUCAGCCAAAACCACAACCACCACAUUUGACCACCCCAAAAACACCUCCGCCAGCAAAGACAGCAAGAGCAACAGCGUAGAAGGAAAAGGAGGUGGAGGGGGAGGAGGGAUGCCGACCACAACAAAAGUCGCCAUCGCCGUCCCCGUCUCCAUAGUCGGCGCCCUCAUAAUCGCAGCCCUAAUCUACUUCUUCCUCCGCCGUCGCAACCGCCAAAAACGAAACAAGGCCGUCCCUUCUGCAGACAAUCUCGUCAUGAGCACGGCUGCUUCUACACCUGCACAUACACAGCCAUACCCCCCACCCUUCCCGUCCCCGCAACCGCACUCCCCCGCGCCGUUCACAGCAGUACCAGCAGAGCCAUCUCCCCGCCACCUAAACCCGAGUAUCAACAUUGAACCACCCGCAGCGGUAGCAACGAAGGGAGAACGCGACCACGCCCGCGACACCGUCCGACCCACCAGCCAGCUCCCCACUAACUACCCAGCCAUCCUCAUCGCCGGCGCAGGCCAACAACAACAACAACAGCAGCAGCAGCAGCAACAACCAGUACAACACCCACACUCACCCUACCACUCCACCGGAGACCCCAUCUCAGAGCGAAGCCUCUGGCACAACGAAGCAGUCGAGCCACGACCGCGAUCUCCCUUCGACCACCCCAUGGACGACCAAUUGUCUGUCAUGUCAGCGAUGAGCGACCGACGCGCACACCUGCAUGAUCGCGAUGACGUCUCGUCUGUGUCAUCU